AAAAAGCUCUUUUGCAUUAUUGUCAGUGGCUAGAACCUAUUUCCAGGUGGGCACUGUUUUUUUUUUCCUUUUAGUUGUUUUAUCUAAUUUAUCAACGGUUCCUUAUAAGCUAGUCUGUGAGGUCGCCCAGUUCCCUUCGAACCCCACAAACGGCGAACGUUUACAUUUUAAGACGCAAUCCUUUCCUUGUAGUUUAUAACCAAGCGAACAGGAGUUUUGGCCUCCCGAGUUAAUGUCACUGGAGAUGUCAAACGAUCCAAGAACACGUGUGCCUAUGACCUUAAAGGAGAGCGGGACGUCUGUCGUCCUUGCAGGCACAUACAACAACGUCAAGAUUAAAAAAUAGUUGACCGUGUCUUGUUUACAUUUAACUCUAUAGAUCAUCGGAUGUGCUGCUUAUUUUCAGUUUCAGCAACUUUGAAGCUACAGGUUGGCAGAUAAGACGAAAUUGGACUGACUUUAUUAAUUUCAGUUGACUGUGCUUUUUUGUGCUUGUUUGUUUUGCUUCCUAGUAGCCUAUCCUACUAGGUUACAGCUAAUGUGACGCUUUCAGUUUAAAAGUUUUGAAAGAAUUUACGCGCAAUGGCUUUUGGAUUAGAUUGAUUUAUUGUUUGGGCAUUGAGCGCUAUUAAGCUGUUAGCAGCGUAAUUUAAGAUUUGUUAAACUAAACUAAACUCUUCUGUUGCCGAAAUUGGUUAUUAAAAGCUGAAUUAGCUUCGCUAACAUGGCACUCCUAACUAUUUGAAGCAUUGGUGGAACUGGAAAACUUGCGGUAAUCAUAGAGGUCUGACACACGGACACAAUGAGAAGUCGCAGUAACUCCGGAGUGAAACUUGACAACUAUGCCCGAAUGGUUCAGCAAACCAUCCUCUGUCUCCAGGACCCAGUGACCGGGCUACUGCCAGCCAGUGGAGACCAGCCAGACUCCUGGGUACGGGAUAAUGUCUAUAGCAUCGUGUCUGUGUGGGGUCUCAGCCUGGCCUACCGCAAGAAUGCUGACCGCGAUGAGGACAAAGCCAAGGCCUAUGAGCUGGAACAGAGUGUGGUGAAGCUCAUGAGGGGGGUACUGCAGUGUAUCAUGAGGCAGCUGGAUAAAGUGGAGAAGUUCAAAUACAGCAAGAGCACAAAGGACUGCCUGCAUGCCAAGUACAACACCCAGACGUGUGCCACGGUGGUGGGGGAUAAUGAGUGGGGUCACCUCCAGGUGGACGCCACCUCCCUCUUCCUGCUCUAUCUGGCCCAGAUGACUGCCGCAGGACUCCAUAUUGUUUACACGCAAGAUGAGGUGGAUGUAGUCCAGAAUCUAAUGUUCUACAUUGAAUCCGCAUACAAAGUGGCAGAUUUUGGAAUGUGGGAAAGAGGCGACAAGACCAACCAGGGCAUCCCUGAGCUCAAUGCUAGCUCCAUUGGCAUGGCCAAAGCUGCACUGGAGGCACUGGAUGAGCUGAACCUGUUUGGAGCCAAAGGAGGCCCAGGGUCUGUUGUCCACGCAUUAUCAGAUGACAUUCAGCAUUGCCAGUCCAUCCUUAACUCCAUGCUGCCCCGGGCCUCAACAUCAAAAGAGGUGGAUGCAGGUGUUCUGUCCAUCAUCUCGUAUCCUGCUUUUGCAGUGGAAGACAUGAACAUAGUCAAUCUCACCAAAGAGGAGAUCAUAUCCAAGCUGCAGGGACGCUAUGGUUGUUGCAGAUUCCUCAGAGAUGGCCACAAAACCCCCAAAGAGGAUCCAAACCGACUAUAUUAUGAGUCUGCUGAGCUUAAGUUGUUUGAGAAUAUUGAGUGUGAGUGGCCUCUGUUCUGGACUUACCUUAUCCUGGAUGGCAUUUUCAUUAACAGCCCAGAACAGGUGCAGGAGUACAGGGAGGCUCUUGAGGGCAUUCUUAUUAAGCAGAAGGACGGGAUGCGGCUGUUACCGGAACUCUACAGCGUCCCGGCAGAUAAAGUGGAUGAGGAGUAUUUAAACCCCCACUCUGUGGAGAGGGUCCCCAUGGGGAAAUGUCCCCUGAAGUGGGGCCAGUCACUGUACAUACUGGGGAACCUCCUGUCUGAGGGUUUUUUGGCUCCCGGAGAGAUUGACCCAUUAAACCGGCGCUUUUCCACCAUCCCAAAGCCUGAUGUAGUUGUGCAAGUCUCCAUUUUGGCCGAGACGGAGGAGAUCAAGCAGCUGCUGAUGAAGAAUGGGAUUGAGGUGGAGACGGUGGCAGACAUCCACCCCAUCCGGGUGCAGCCAUCCCGAGUGCUCAGUCACAUUUAUGCCAGGCUGGGGCGAAACCACCGUCUGGGCCUGACGGGAAGACCGUAUCGCAGGAUUGGGGUGCUGGGAACCUCCAAACUGUACAUCGUCCGAAACACCAUCUUUACCUUCACUCCUCAGUUUAUUGACCACCAGCAGUUCUACCUUGCCUUGGACAACAGGAUGAAUGUGGAUAUGCUCCGUACUGACCUAUCCUACUUGUCAUCACGCUGGAGGAUGACUGGUCGACCCACAGUCACUCUCCCUAUCUCUCAGACUAUGCUCACUGAAGACCGCACGGAGCUAGAUCCAGCUGUCCUUGCAACACUUAAGAAACUUCAGGAUGGGUAUUAUGGGGGAGCGAGAGUACAGACGGGGAAGUUGUCAGAGUUCAUGACCACUUCCUGUUUUGCCCAUUUGAGCUUCAUGGACAGUGGUAAGACGCAGGGCGGCGGCAUGUCCUGGGAUGAAGAGGAGGAUGAGGAGGAUGACAGUAGCUGCUUUGACGAGCCUGUGCAUGAUUUCGACUUUGAUGAUGAGACCGAUGACCUGGCUCAGUAUCUAGACCAGCUCUUGGCUACUUCAGUUCCCCGACAAGGACUCAUAAUGAGCGCGAACAGGAGUGGUCUCAGCCGUUUCAAAGCAGCUGCUACUAGGACAGUUGAGAUGGUGUCGCUUAUGCGGAAAGCACGAGAUCUCCAGAUUCACAAUGUUCAGAUGUACCUGCCCACUAAGCUGUUCCACUCCCCUCAGCCUGCCCUGCACCUUAGAAAUGCUACUUCUCUGACGAGUCAGGGCCCAGAGUUCCUAGUGACCUCAGAGUGUAACCUUCCCAGAGACGCCAGCGGUGGCAUUGACUAUGAUGCUCUGGCCCGGCUCCUCCCAGAAACCCACAACCUACAAGACCAGGCAGACAUUUUGCAUAUUCUCUUUAAAGACAAAGGGAUCGAGUGGGACACGCAGCUGCGUGGGAGAGGAACGACGGUGCGGCAGCUGCUCGUGGAGCUUUAUGAGCAGGCCGGUGCCCUGCGUCAGUGGGGCCUCAUCCGAAUGAUAUCUGGAAUGCUCCGGAAGAAAGUGGAAGAGCUUGACUGGGCCUGUUCUGAUCUGCUAUCGCAUCAGAAACACCUGACUGUGGGCUUACCCCCGGAGCCCAGGGAGAAGACCAUCUCUGCGCCCAUGCCUCCAGACGAGCUGGUCAAGCUGAUUGAUCAGGCCAGUGAGAACAAUAUCACCAUUGCCAUUCUCACUCAGGAAAUCAUGGUGUACCUGGCCAUGACCAUCCGAACCCAGCCCGGCCUCUUCAGUGAAAUGUUCCGUCUCCGUAUCGGUCUCAUCAUCCAGGUCAUGGCCACUGAGCUGGCCCAGUCCCUCAACUGCUCUGGUGAGGAGGCCACUGACAGUCUGAUGAGUCUGAGUCCCUCUGAACUGAAGAACCUGCUUCAUCACAUUCUGAGUGGGAAAGAGUUCGGCGUGCAGAAGAGUGUUCGCUCUGUAGACACAGGUGUCAGUCCUGCCAUUUCAAUCCAGGAAGUUGGCAAUGUGGGAGCAACCAAGAGUGAGAGGGCGGGCAUCAGCAAACUCAAAAGUGACAUCAAAAUGAACCAACAUACUCACACUGUGGACGUUGAGCACCUAGGUGUCGGGAGGGGCCGGUUUCCAUCCAUUGAGUCAUUUGAUGGGGCCGCAAUAGUCCCGUCAGUAAAGGACAGUCGUCAGGGCCAGUGGCUGCGCAGGAGGAGGCUGGAUGGAGCACUCAACAGAGUCCCUGUGGGCUUCUACAAGAAGGUCUGGAGGAUCCUUCAGAAGUGCCAUGGGCUCUCCAUCGAGGGCUUUGUGCUUCCAUCAUCAACCACAAGAGAGAUGACCCCGGGGGAGAUCAAGUUUGCAGUGCACGUGGAGACGGUGUUGAACCGGGUACCCAUGCCUGAAUAUCGGCAGCUGCUGGUGGAGGGGAUUCUGGUGCUCACCAUGCUCGCAGAUGUGGACAUUGAUAGCAUCGGCAGCAUCAUCCACGUGGAGAAAAUAGUUCACAUUGCUAACGACAUGUUCUAUAAAGAUCAGAAGGACCUGGGUGCUGAGGAGAGUAUGCUGGAGAGAGACCAAUCCACAGGCAUCUGCAGGCUCCUGUAUGACAGCGCCCCUAGUGGAUGCUUUGGCACCAUGACAUACCUUACCAAGGCAGUGGCCAUUUACGUCCAGGACUUCCUGCCAAGUGGCUCCUGUGCCCUACAGUAAUUCUCAUGAUGCUCUUAGGGGGAUGGACAGAUGAUUAGCAAGAUGUUGAGGUUGCCGUUAUGGUUGUUUGACACCGCUGUUGAAUGAAUUAGUCUGAACAAAUGUAUGUGUGCAGCAUCAGUGAAACGGACUAUUUAAACUCUCAGUAUCUAAGCCACUAUAGGUCAUGUCUUGUCCACAUCCUCACAUUAUGUUUACAUGAUUACCUGGCCUGUUGGCUGUGGCCAGUUACCAUGCGGCGCACUGGUGGGAACUAGUGGUUUGAGGUAUCCUUUUUGUUCGUUGUUUGAGGUCAGAUGGAAUCUCGUGUAGGUUUUUUUUUCUUUUUGAAAAGUGCAAUUUGGGAAUCGGGGGGGGGGGGGGGGGGGAAA